CUUUUGUCUCUUGAUCGCUCAGUUUACUGUAGCUAAGGUUAGGUAGUUCAGCAACCUGCUGCAAAGCAGGUACGUUUAACGACAUCUGCAGAAAAAUCAAACAAACAUUGUUGCGCCGCAUGCAGCAACAGGCUGCUGUGGUUUGCCGUGUCGUCUGGUCUACUUAGGUAGUCAGAAGAAAGCCCAAGAGAAAAAAAAACAAAAGUCAAACAUCAAGCCAACCCGAAAGCCAGGGAAAAUCCUUCCCUCGAUCCCCGGAUAGGCCGCCGGUCUUUUUUCGACCGAGCGCGCACUCUUCGCCUUUUUGGCCCAAAACCUCCAACAACAUCGAGGUUUAAAAUGCUUUCCUUUUGGCCAUGGAGGGGUGAUACCUCCUCAACCGCUUCCUUCGAAAAGGCCCUCUCCUCGCUGUCGGCCAAGAUCAACGCUACCCAGGCACAGCUCGACCGCACCCGAUCGACCGCUCGUCGUGUCCAGGUCCUCUGGUCGCUGUACCUGUCCUUCGCCUACCUUAUCUACGCUAUCGUUCUCGUGCUUGUCGUUGGUUGGACAAACUUGGGCCCGUAUGAGUGGAGUGGAGUGGCCGGAGGUCCCGUGCUUAUCUAUGUGACGCGAACCGCCAUCUCGACUUUCUUCAACUAUCGUAUCGAGAGCUUGAGCACUCGCCUCAAGGGCCAGAAAGAGGAGCGCGCUAAAACCGUUCAGAAGCUCAAGGAGGCAACCAAGUACGACUCGACGUUGGAACUUCUCGAGAAGUACGGCGGGGAACCGAAACGUCCGCGGGGCAAGAAGGGGUCCAUUGGUGGCGAGGAUGGCGGCGACGCACAAGGCCAGGGCAGUAAACAGCCCAUGCGCUCCGGCUCUGCGAACCCUGGGCGUACCGGCAUAGCACCACCGCCAACCGCCAACAUCCAGCGCAGUUCGGCUCCCAGUACGCCGCAGCCUCCCCGCGCAGCGCAGUUCCCUUCUCCCCGAGAGGUCUCGGCUGAGUUCGCACCUAAUGCGUUCGGGCCAGGAGGACCACCCGACUCGCCCGCGACUAUGGGCAACGCGCAGUACGCCCCCCUGCCGCCCGCCGCCGGCAGCGAGCCACACUGGUAUGACCGCAUUAUGGAUCUGCUGCUGGGCGACGACGAGAUGGCGGCCAAGAACCGCAUCGUGCUGAUCUGCGCGCACUGCCGGCUGGUCAAUGGACAGGCGCCGCCGGGUGUCAAGACUCUUGGCGAUGUUGGGAGGUGGCGUUGUAUGGGCUGCAGGGCCGAAAAUGGCGAGGACAAGGUCGACGAGGGUAAACGUCUCGUCAAGGAGGUCCUGGCCGCCCGGUCCGAAAGCGGCGCCGCCGAUCAGGUAGAAGUGAGCGCCAAGUUCAAGUCGGACAGUGAAGGUGACUCGAGCGAUAUCGUGCAGAUCGAUAGGGAGAUGGCCGAGGCCGAGGAAUCCAAAGUUGCGACGAAGCGCAAGGGCAAGGGAAAGAAGUAGUAGUAGCAGUAGUUCGGCCAAAACGGUCGACUUUUUUUUUUCUUUUGUCAAGGCUAGGUAACUCUGGGGUCAAAAGGUGCAAGCGGUCAUACUAUAUUGUGGUGGAACUUUUAAUCUUAUUUUUAUCACAGCAAAUACAUCAAGCAGAUAGAAUGCGUUAGGGUGGAGGGCCAUUGUAUGGAAUGGAAUUUCUUUGUCAUUUGUGAUGCUUGGUGGUAUGGUUUGCACCAGGCAAGACCCCCUAUACCGAUGGUCUUUGUGAGGAUUUUACUACCCGUGCAUAGCACUAAUAGCUCGAAACUUUUCUUCACA